AUGAAUUCACGUUUGCAGCCAUCUGGAAAACGAGUGAAGUCAUCUCGAAGAAAUGUUAAAAAAUCUAAUAUUCAGAGGAAAAACGACAUUUGUGUAUGGUUACGUCAUGGAGCACGACAUAAUGAAGAACGUCCUUUCAAAUGCGAUAUUUGUAAUAAGGGUUUUAAAUGGAAAGUGCAUCUAAAAAGCCAUCGAAAUAUUCAUAGUGAAGAACGUCCUUUCAAAUGCGAUAUUUGUAAUAAGGGUUUUAAAUGGAAAGUGCAUCUAAAAAGCCAUCGAAAUAUUCAUAGUGAAGAACGUCCUUUCAAAUGCGAUAUUUGUAAUAAGGGUUUUAAACGGAAAGGGGAACUACAAAUGCAUAAAAAACGUCAUGGUGAAGAACGUCCUUUCAAAUGCGAUAUUUGUAAGAAAUGUUUCAAAUUGAAACAGGAUCUUACAUGCCAUCAGAAAACUCAUAGUGAAAAACUUACUUUUAAAUGCGAUAUUUGUAAUAAGGGUUUUAAAUGGAAAUGGCAACUAAAACACCAUCAUGAAACUCAUACUGAUGAACGUAACUAUUCUCAGACUUUUGUAAACAAGAAAAUAAUACAAGCGCAUUUGAACUUUCAUAUUCGAAAGAAACCAUUUAGCUGCACAACCUGCAAUGAGAAAUUUUCCUGGCAAUUUCUAUUAAGAAGACACAUGAAAGAACACAAUACAGAAAAACAAAGCGAAAUUGAUCAUAGAAAUCUUCGUUUGCCAUCAUCAUCAAAAAGUUGUAAAGUAUCUAAGGGGAAACACUUUCGAUGCGACAUCUGCGAUAAGCUACUUGCUUCAAAGGGACAUUUAGAGCUGCAUCAUAGAAGACAUCAGCAAGCACCUCAUUGUUGUAAGAUAUGUAAAAAAGAAUUUCAAACGAAAUCAAAAUUGAGACAACACCAGCGUACUCAUAGUGAAGAUCGACCUUUCAAAUGCGAUAUAUGUGAUAAGGGCUUUAAAACAAAUGGCCAUUUAAAAAGGCAUCGUGAAACUCACAGUGAUGAAUGUAAGUAUUCUUGUCAGGUGUGUAACAAAAGUUUUAAAACAAAAUGCUCUUUGAGGAAUCAUAAAAUCACUCAUAAUAAAAACUUAAAUUAUUCUUGUCAGAUAUGUGACAAAAGGUUUAAAUCAGAAGUGCAUUUAAGAGCGCACGUUGCUAUACAUACCGAUGAACGCAAGUACUAUUGUCAGACAUGUAACAAACAUCGCUUUGUUGAACAUGACAAUAUGUUUGUUUGCAAUAAUUGUCGUAAGUCAUUCAAAACUAAAAAUAUGCUGGAAGCUCAUAAGAAAAUCCAUAUUCAAAAAUGUAAUAUCUGUAAAAAGGAGUUUUCGUCUAAACCCUCUUUAAUCCUUCAUCAGAGAACUCAUUUUGACAUAAAACCGUUUCAUUGUGAAGUGUGUAACAGACGUUUUGUAUCAAAUUCUGAGUUGAAACGUCACCAAAGUUCUCACAAUAAAGACAAUCUUCCUUACGUUUGUGAGAUAUGUAAGAAGGGUUUUUACGAUAAAUCUCACUUCUUAAGGCACCAACCUGUUCACGAAAAGAAAGAGCAUUUUUGUAUCCAUUGUAAAGGCAGAUUUAAAACAGAAAUUAAAUUGAAACUGCAUUUACAAUUUUCUUGUUCAGAAAUACACCCCAAACGAUUACCUUAUCAAUGUAAUAUCUGUAAACGGACUUACGUAAAUAUAUUUGCUUUGGAGCGGCAUAUACUCGCUUACAAGGAUCAAAUACACUUCUGUUGUAACGUUUGUAAGAGGAAAUUUUCGUCAAAACUCGAAUUCGAAACUCAUCAAAAGACUGCUCAUCGGCCAGGAGGAAUACAUAAAUGCGAAAUUUGCAAUAAGACAUUUCAGAGAGAAAUUGAUUUAAAUAGACAUAUGAAAAUAAAUACCGAUUCAGGCGUUAAGAAAUGUGAUGUUUGUGGUUUGAAGUUCUGUUCGUUUAUUACUUUAAAACUUCACGUGAGAAGUCAUCUUUCGCAAUAG